AUGGAGAAGAGUUCAUUGCUACUAUUAUCGUUAUUAUUAUCAUUUCGCAUUGCGUUCGUUUUCGUCUCCAUUAAUGCUGCGUCAGUGUUUUUUUCUUUUUUCUUUUCUCCAGUUGUGGUGUGUGUGUGCGUAGCGUUGGACAAAUACUGUCUUUUAAAAAGUAUAUUUCCUGUGACCUUUGUUUUUUUCUCUGUUCUCUCUCUGUGCGUGUCGCGUUGUUGUGUGAGGUUGAGUGAUGCAGGUGGAGGCGUAGUAACUCAUCAAAUCAAAGAAGGAAAAAGAAAACAGAAAGCAAAACGGUUAUGA